UAUUUCGCAGUCUUUGUCCUGAAAGUUUGGCCGAAGAUGUUGUGGAUAGCCCUUGGAGCACUCUUUGUUUUGUAUUCAUCUCCAUUUGCCAUGUCUACAGAGUGCUUUAAAUGUACUUCUCUGAUAUCCAUGGAUGAUUGUGUUCAAUUUAUGAAGAAGACCGAGUGUCCAAAGACGACUGAUCGCUGUCGUAACAUGACUGUUCAAGUAUACGUCAAAAUGCUCGGAGAAAAUCAAACAGGUUUUCAGAGGGGCUGCGCAUCUCAAGAUGAGUGUGUGUUCAAGCGUUGUUCGGGCCACUUUGCGGAACACUACGGCGAGGAAUCACUCGCUUACAACGUUUGCCAGAUGAGCUGUUGUGAGGGGGAUUUCUGUCCGGAGGGAAACAGAACAAUCACUGACGGAAAUGAGGGUCCGGUGAAAGGAGCGCGAGGCGGUAAAGGUUUUGCAAAUCUUGCGAGUGUUUCUGUCACGGUAACAAGUGCUCUGCUGAGUCUUUUCAGGGUCUGCUUCUUAUCAAGAUUUAGUUUUCAGUGUAAAGUAGAAUGUAGAAUGUAAGGCAAAGUUUCAUCAGCGCCCUAUCAAACUUUGAAAAAUAUGCUUUGAUGUGACUAACGCGGCAAUGUUUUUGGAUUUUUUUAAAAUUUUUGUUCGAUUAAUUUUUCAAUUAACCGACUUAUAACCAAAAAAGAAAGGUAUCUGUACCUUGAAAAUAAAAACCCCAUAACUAGUUUCUCAGAAUAGAAAAGGACUGCGCGCGCUCUUUGUACGUUUUAUUUCGUGUAGAGUUUGAUGUUAGGAUUGGAAGAUGAUGACAUUGAACAGUAGUAAUUACUACGGGCCGGUUAUUUAACCAAAGUUUAGCCAUUGUUUAACAAAACCGCAUUCUAAACUGUCUUCGAUUUAGCCGAAUAUUUUAUAUGAACAAUCAUUUUUGAUACAGUGUCAAGAAGACUGAAAACUAACAGUGGAAGGACAUUUACUCAGUCAAAUCAACGUACCCUAUUUUAGAGAAUACCUGAGGCCCUCCGCUUUCGUAAAACCGUGGUUUGGGCCAGACUUCGUGUAAAGAACCGGCCCUACAUGUUAUCUUUAAAUUAUCGUGUCUCACUGAUACUGUUUUGUCAAGCAUUUUGAAAGAUAAGGUCUUCUUUGUUCACCUCUGUUCACCGGGGGAAGUUAAUUCUCGAGACGAACAAAAAUCUCACGCCUUGUCGAAACUAGCUACUCCAUUUGGACUUGUAACCCACUGAAUCUUUCAGCGUGGAAGAGGAAAAUGGAUUUGUCGAUUGCAUUCGAAAAAGAAGCGGUUGUUUUCCGUAGAGGAAAAAUGAAAUAAGCUGAAAUACUGAAAGGCUUGAUCCUCAGUAAACGUAAUUGUGGUUUUGCUCACCGAAGCAGCUGGUAAGCUCUGAUGUAAUGCUAUUUGUUGCUAGCUACUUGCCCCAUCACUCAGUACUUUGGUUUUUGAGGUCGAUGAGGAAAACGUAACAUCCCUGUCUGCAUGUAGACUACUACUAUUUGAAUAUUUUGAUAAAUACAACACGUUUGUAAUUUUUCAUUUAAUUAAUAAAUAAAUAUUUGCAAUGGUAAA